GCCACACGCUUUCACUUCACUUCGCGCAUGUGACGGUUGGCGCGUGCGUCCUGUUUAACAAGCGAGAUGCCUCGCCACUUAUUCCCACAUUGACCGCGGAGUGCGCGCGUCGAGUUGGAGGAGAUGACGGCGCUGCAGCAGUCCGCCGUGUCUCCAAUCACCAGAACCAAGCCCAGUCAUUACGCCACUUUCAGCGACGAUGUCGACGAGACGAAGCAGAGGCUUCACGACGCCAAGGCUGCUACUACACCUGGCACAGCGUCCUUCUGGUCGCAGCUCUUCUUCUCGUAUGCCAACCCCAUGAUGGACACUGGCAACCAGCGUCAACUAAACCUUGAGGAUCUCUGGGAGCUGGAAGGAAAGAAUCGCUCUGCUGCUGCGUUGGAUGAAUUUGUGGUCCACUACGAACGACAUGGCAGGUCAAUUACCAGAGCAAUGGCGGCCGCGUACGGCCGAGAAUUCCUAAUGUGGGGACUGGUGAUGCUCUUCUCAACAGCUUGCGGUCUCUUCGCUCCUGUGGUCCUGAACCACGUGAUAGCCGCGCUCUCGAUGGUUGAGAUCGACAUGAACGAUCUCAGUGUAUGGCUCGGAGUCUUCUUCGCCUCGCGGUUUGCGAACGCCAUUCUGUCCGUGCAAAUGAACUACGGGCUAGAGAUGAUUGCACUGCGUCUCACAGUGACGCUUAAAACGCUGCUCUUCCAGAAGGCGAUGCGGCGGAGUCUGCGAACAAAAAAUGAUUCCGGUGUCGUGGACAUCGCUAACUUGCUCACCUCGGACGUCAACAACGUGCUGUGGGCGGCCUUCCAGGUCAAUAAGCUCUGGAUAAUCCCCAUUCAGAUCGUUGUGGCAGUGUGGAUGCUAUACGCUGUAAUCGGCCUCGCUGCAUUCGCUGGGCUUGCAGUCAUCGCAGUGUCGAUGCUGGCAAGUUAUUUCCUCGCAAAGUUUUCUGGAGCUGCUUUCUUGGAUCUGAUGCAACGCAAGGACGAACGACUAAGUGUGAUCAAGGAGGUGUUUACGGCUAUUCAGGUCGUAAAACUUAACGCUUGGGAAGGUAAAUUCGCUGAGAAGAUUCGCCGUUUUCGCUCCGUUGAGUUGUCGGCUGUCAAGCGAUUUCUCUACCUGGGAGCCGUCAACAUUACUAUUCUCUGGUCCUCGCCACUGGCAGUGUCAGCUGUAUCAUUCGCAGUGUACGCGGUAGUCAUGGGAAACGAGCUAACUGCUGCCAAAGUAUUCACAGCCAUCGCACUUUUCAAUACGCUGAGAGAUCCACUUCGAGACUUACCCACAGUCAUCCAGAUGUUCAUCCAAGCCAAGAUCUCGAUCGACCGCUUCUCUGCCUACCUCUCUCUUGAAGAGUUCACUCCUGCAAACGUUACCCGACACGACCCGGCCCAGCCUGAUGAUGUUGUGAUGACAAUUGAAGACGGCACUUUCGGAUGGACGAAGGAUACACCACUACUCAACCAGGUUAACCUCACUGUGAAGAAGGGAGACCUGGUGAUCGUUCACGGAUCUGUCGGUAGUGGCAAGUCGUCCUUGUGCUCAGCUUUAUUGGGAGAGAUGGACAAACUGGCGGGUAGCGUGUUCGUACGCAGUCGUGUCGCCUACUACUCGCAGCAGACGUGGAUCCAGAACAUGACGAUCCGUGACAAUAUCCUGUUCGGACUACCGUAUGAUAAGGAGAAGUACUCCAAAGUGGUCGCUGCGUGUGGUCUACUUCCAGACCUGAAACAAUUCCCUGGUGGUGACUCGACUGAGAUUGGCCAGAAGGGUGUCAACUUGUCUGGCGGACAGAAAGCGCGAGUCUGUCUUGCUCGUGCGUGUUACUCAGAUGCCGACAUUCUGCUUCUGGACUCUCCACUUGCGGCUGUUGAUGCGGUCGUACAGAGUCAAAUAUUCGGUGACUGCAUUUGCAACCUGCUAGCGGAGAAGACCGUCGUGUUAGUGACGCACAGUCCCGACAUCAUCGCAAGUGAGGCCGCCAACGUGAAGAUGCUGGUAGAGGACGGCAAGCUGAAAUCCACUCGGAACAACGUCGAUCGGCCACGUACGUCGUACACGUUGCCUGUGUCUCCGCGUUCAAUCGAAGAGGAUGAUGGGAAUUUCGAAGAGAAGGACGCUGGCCGUUUUAUCGAUGAUGAGGAACGUGUGGAGGGUCGUGUCUCUAGGGACGUUUUCUUGAAGUACUUCCACUCGCUGGGUGGAAUGAAGGUAUGCGUUUUCCUGUUCGUAGUGCAGAUACUGUGGCAAGCGUUCCAGAUUGGCAGCGAUCUGUGGUUGAGUCACUGGACCGGCCAGAAGCUUAACUCAGACAAAACGGUGUAUAAUGUGACGGUGUAUGCGUGGCUUGGUGUCGGAACGGCGGUCAUGGUAUUAGUGCGAGCAGUAACAGUGGCGGUCAUUGGAUUGCGAGCAUCGCGUCACCUCUUCGACAGCAUGACGAUGUCUCUGUUGAAAGCCCCACUCCGCUUCUUCGACGUGAACCCAAUCGGUCGAAUCUUGAACCGCUACGGUGACGAUAUCACCGCGAUUGACUUCAUGAUAUCAUUCUCCUUUCAGGAAGUUCUUGGGCUUCUUUUCUUCACAGCAUGUCAAUUGGCGACGGCUGUAUACAUGAUAAAAUUUCUGGGCGUGCUGAUCAUCCCGCUGGUGUGGAUCUAUGUGAAAAUUGGAAACCAUUACUUGGCUCCAUCGAGAGAACUCGCGCGGUUGUGGAAAAUAUCUGCGUCGCCCAUUUUGAGCUACGUGAGCCAGUCGGAAGAAGGUGUUGCUGUAAUUCGCGCCUUUGGGCAGGAAACGGUGAAUCGCAUGGUUGCAGAGAACUUUCGCCGCAACGACGUCAACUGCCAAGCGUGGUUCGCUCAAAUGGUCUUGAAGUACUGGUUCCAACUGCGCAUGCAGCUCGUUGGCUUCGGUGUUGUGACUCUCGUAGUCUCCAGCCUCGUUUAUCUACAUGAUUUCCUGACACCAGGUCUUAUUGGAUUGGCUUUCACGUAUGCUCUUAGUGUUGAUGGUAGUCUUGCCAGUCUUGUCAUGUCGUGGUCAUGGUUGGAAAUCCAAAUGGUCGGCCCCGAACGUAUUCUCGAGUACGGAUCCAUUCCAGCCGAAGGAAGCCAGCGACCACUAGUUAUCGAGCCUGAUGCUGCAUGGCCUCGUUCCUCCACCGUCCAGUUUCAAGACGUUGUUUUCAGCUACAAACCAGGUGCUGCACCUGUUCUCAAGGGACUGUCCUUCAAUAUCCAGAACAACGAAAAGAUCGGCAUUGUCGGACGCACCGGUGCAGGCAAGUCCAGCCUCACCAUGGCGCUCUUCCGUAUCAAUGAGUUGGUCUCCGGUCGCAUCCUCAUCGACGGCAUCGACAUCGCCACUAUGCCACUACGCACAUUGCGAUCGAAUCUGUCCAUCAUCCCGCAGUCACCUGUACUGUUCAAGGGUACACUGCGAGCCUACAUGGAUCCGUUCGACGAGUUCACGGACGCGGAUAUCUGGAAUGCAUUGGAGAAGGUGGAUAUGAAGACGCAGGUGUCGGCACUGGAAGGUCAGCUAUCGUACGAGUUGAGUGAGAACGGGGAGAACUUCAGUGUGGGCGAGCGGCAGAUGCUGUGCAUGGCUCGCGCUCUACUGACUCGGAGCCGCAUCGUGGUGAUGGAUGAGGCGACGGCGUCCAUCGACCACGAGACGGAGAAGAAGCUGCAGCAGAUGAUCAAUCGGGACUUCCAGGACGCGACGGUGUUGACGAUCGCUCAUCGAUUGGGCACGGUGUUGGAUUCGGAUCGUAUCCUGGUGUUGAGUGAUGGUCGUGUGGUGGAGUUUGAUAGUCCUCGGGAGUUGGUGAAGAACACGAACGGAGUGUUUUACGAGUUAGCGAAGGAAGGCGGCUGCUUAGCAAUGCUGCAAGAUUAAAUGUUGCUGAUGCCUAACGGGUUAUUGAGGACACUUAUCUAGAAUACUACGGCAGUUCCUUAAUAGAAGCGACUGGUGCUUCGUAGCGUGGUGCCCGACGUUUAUAGUCUU